UUGAGCCCUCCGAGUCUCCGUACUAGAUGCUGAAGAAAAACCUGCUUCUGUGCUUUUAUUUGUACUCCCAUCCUCUCUGCAAAAGAUAGAUUGCGGGCAGAAGAAAUUGCACGGCAAAGAUUCUGACUUACUCUGGGAAUAUCAAAUGCGCGGAAGUGUUUUUGAGCAAAAUGGAUGCAUCAGAAUUGUCUGUCGUUGGGCAAAACCCAUGUUGCUCUACGAAAGAUGAAUUAAGAUCCAUGCUUAUCAGAAGGAAAUAACGGCACAGCUAGAUCUUAUCUUGUUACCGGGAUAUUAUGCGUAUUUGUUUUCCCAAAAAUUACUUAUAUUUGGUCUGGAUGAAACCGUUAUUGUUGAAUUGACACUUCCCAAAAUAGGCAGCUGUAGUCCGCAGCUGAAGUGGGUAAACAAAAAAUGCAUCCUUAAAGAAGGUAUCUUGCUUCCUUUGCUAUUAAGGAGGAUUCUCUGAGCGUGGAGCAGUGGGGGGUUGAGCGAGGCGCGGCCAGGAGAGGGCACUGAGCGGAUGCCCUUAGUGGUGGGCGGCGUGGGGCCUCGACCAUGAGCCGGCUGAUGCUCGGCCGCACGCUGGAGCGGGUCUGCAAGGUCGUGCUGCUGCUGUGCCUCAUCCACUUUCUCAUCAUGAUGAUCCUCUAUUUCGACGUCUACAGCCAGCGCUUUGACAUCUUCAGCCGCUUCAACAACGGCCGUGGCACAAACAACUCCCGCGGCCCACACCACUACUACUACAACUACUCCAGCGGCCGGCCCAACGCCACCUUCCCCAGUUACCUGCCCGCCAUCGACCAGCUGCCACCUAGCGCCCGGCCAGAGGCAAACCGCACACGCCCCACCCCCAAGCCGGUCCUUCCGUGCCCAGAGGCACCUCCUGGACUGGUGGGGCGUCUCCUGAUCGAAUUCAGCUCCCAGAUGACCAUGGAGAAGGUGCAGAGGGAGAACCCCAGCGUGACUGACGGGGGCAGGUACACGCCCCCUGACUGUAGGCCCAAGCAGAAGGUGGCCAUCAUCAUCCCCUUCAGGCACCGAGACCACCACCUGAAGUUCUGGCUGCACUACCUCCACCCGAUCCUGCGCCGGCAGAAGAUCGACUACGGUGUCUACAUCAUCAACCAGCUCGGGGAGGACACCUUCAACCGGGCCAAACUGCUGAACGUGGGCUACACGGAGGCCCUGAGGGACACAGAGUAUGACUGUUUCAUCUUCAGCGACGUGGACCUGAUCCCCAUGGACGACCGCAACCUGUACCAUUGCUAUGACCAGCCACGGCACUUCGCCAUCGCCAUGGACAAGUUCGGCUUCAGGCUUCCGUACGCGGGAUAUUUCGGAGGGGUGUCUGGCCUGAGCAGAAAGCAGUUUCUCAAAAUCAAUGGCUUCCCCAAUGAGUACUGGGGCUGGGGGGGAGAGGACGACGACAUCUACAACAGGAUUACCCUGAACGGGAUGAAAGUGUCCCGGCCUGAUGUCAGGAUUGGCCGCUACCGGAUGAUCAAGCAUGAGAGAGACAAGCACAAUGAGCCCAAUCCCCAGAGGUUCAACAAAAUCCAAAACACAAAGAACACGAUGAGGAAGGACGGUAUCAGCUCCCUGACGUAUCGCCUGGUCUCCGUGAAAAAGUACCCUCUCUACACCAACAUCUCCGUGGAGAUUGGCAAACCCCCUCCUAGACCCAACAGAGGGUAGACCAUGGCUAGGUCUCUCGGGCUGAGCACACGCACACACACACACACACACACACACACACACAGGGCUUUCUGCCUCUAACUGAACCAUUGACAUGCUGAACAGGUUACUUCUCAGGAAUACACCAGGCCCUCCAGCGCCUAAUACGGAUCUUUCAUCACAAAACUCAAAUUCCUUGAAUACAGACUCGACUGUCCAUAUGUCUGACGUUUUCCCCUCAGUGCUGCUAACCGUAGCAAUAUGGCCGUUUCUCACCUCUGACCGACGUCCUGCUCCGAACCGGAGGGCACUAACAGGAGGACUGCCCCUUUUAAGAACAGCAAGGCUGAAGUCGAAGAAAAGGAAUGCCCUGUUCUCAUGAUGUAAAUCAGAAUGAACACACUGCACAUCACUAAAUGAAAAUGCUUGUACCUGCCUCCUUUUCUCCUCAUAUUUCUCAAGCUGGAUCUGAUGAAGUCGCUAUAACCGAUGCUUGUCCCCAUGGACCAAUUCCCUCCCUCUCUGUUUCUUGAUUCCUGGCCUUUUCUUAUUUUGUAUCAUUUCUAUUUUUCCUGCUCUGGGACUUCAGCCAGGGAAUUUCACACACUUCCAUGAACAAAGCACUCAUGGUAGUGAGCGGUGUCUGGGGGUUUGGCAGUUGGAAUGGGGAUGUGGUGAUUUGGGAAGGCAGCUCCUGGAUGAGGUCCAGACACCACACACCCUGCUGCUGGUCCCACUUCAGGAGCACUCGCACACGGACACUCUCUCUUGUCUAGAGACAUCAGGGGAAACGGAUGCUUGUAACCCACUCUGAGACAUGAAAAUGUAAGGGAAGUUCCCAACGGCUAUUUCUCUUACUUGGAAAAAUGAAAAAAGAGAAAAAUGAAAAAAGACUCCUUUUCAAAAUUUUUUUUAUUGUUUUACUUGUUUGUUCACCUCUGCCUCAAAAAUCAUGGUUUGAUGCUAUCAUUCUUUACAGACACAACUGAGAUGUUUGGUCAGGUACUGCCAGUGCUGUUCAGUGUAAGGAGGUCUAACGGUUAUUGGCUGAUAUUAGUUGGCUAACCUCCUGUAUGUGUGUGAGGCUGUGCUCCUUUCAGAGUCAGACGCCUAAACACUCCUGAGCAGCGGACAGAGCUGAUGUAUGUUGGUGCUUUUAGUGUCAUUUUGCGAUCCUGCUGUGUUUUUUGGUUCCAUUAUUCAUUGUUCUUCAUGUUUUUCUGUUAGUGCUUGCAAACACCAUGAUGAUGCCUUGAAUUGUUUCCUGACGGAAAAAGCAGUCCUAGGAAUGGCAGUUAGAGUCUCCAUCCUGCUUUCCCUGUGUUGAUAUCUCCUUCAUACCAGUCGGUGAGCUCAGCUUUGCAGAGAUCACCCCUCCUAUCCUGACCCCCAUUUUAGAAAAGCCUUUCAAAGGAGUGACAUUUCUUACCCCCCCUCUUAGCCGUGACCUUUGACCUCGUCUUUGAGCCGCCAGCAGACCUCUCUGUGUCUGCUGUACUAGGCCUUCUCCACUGGGGGAUAUGUGAACAAACCUGAAAUCAGUUACCAUGAAAAUUUCCCAGCUUUCCAGAAAUGUUCUCUUUUAUUUCUAAAAUGGCCUUAAAGAUACAUUAUGGUUCAAAAGCUUCUAUCUUUCUAUUAGAAUAGACUUUUUAUAUACAACAAGCUCUGUGAACAUACUGUCACACUCUUAUAUUCAAUCUGGUGAUUUCAGUUGACCAUUAUAUAGUACAAAUCUACAGUACAAUGACAAGCUUCUCUUGCUAGUCUCCAGUGGUGCAAAGGUAGUAGACAUACAAAUUGUGGCAGUUUGCAUACGAUAAACUACUGUGUAGUGCAAUAUAGUGCAUCAGACAUAGUACAGUGAGCAUACAACACAAAAUAACAUUGUAAUAAUAGCAAGUCUGGCAGCGGUUUGGUAGCAGUUUAAGAGACAGGCCUGAGUUCUGUGACACGUUCCAUUAUAUAAACACUGAAAACUACAAUCGCCAACUAUAGUGGAGACUUGGAGCCUGUGUAGUGUCCGGGACGCUUAUCCUUAGCUGCCAGGUGUUAGUCCUCAGUCAGUCCCCCGUUAAACAGGAAAGCAGCUAUCUUUCCCGCUUGGCUCCGUUGGAACGGGAGCUAGAAUGGCCUGCACAUCAUGGCACCUUUUUUAAAUAAUUGUUUCUUCUGACAGCUGUAUGUUUUUUUUGUGUUUUAUGGGACGUGAAAUGUGUCUUCUCCUGCAGGGAGUCUGCACUGCAGUGAGGGGUGGGACAGUUGGCGAGUGUCUCCUCGAGUUCAUGGUUUCUCACCUGUGUGUUUGAGCGCCACGCGUACGUGUCUGACAGUGGGCAGCUUCUGUAAUGGAGCAUCAAUUCCACUGAGCCUACAGUGCAGACAUGGGGCCACACAUCUCCAGAAUUAAAGAGGGUUUUAUACUGAACCACGCGGUAAAUUCUGGAGGGAAUCGAGGAUGGCCCUCCAAGCACCCUCCCCUCCCCUUACCUCCCAUUGGCUUUGCUGUCUUUGGCUCCACCCCCCAUAGACAUCAGCAGUCCUGGUUCACAACUUGCUCAUCAUGUGAGGAUGGAUGGACCACUGAUCACUAAUCAUAUAAUCUUCACUUAUGUUAGGCUCCUCAGCACACUCUAAGCCGAGGCACAUUCAUAAUGUUUUUUUUGGGGGGCGGGGGACAGCAAGACCUCUUUGACUCCUCCUACUAUCUGACCGCUGACCUCUCCCACUGUAAAAUUUCCGUCUCCACCCCAGGCCCUGUAUUCUCUUGAGGGCUCAUCUGUCAGUGUGAGUGGAUGUGGGUGGAGGUAAGGGACGAGGGCAGGGACAGGGAAAGACCGUAGGGCAGGGACAGGGAGAGACCGUUGGGCAGGGACAGGGAGAGACCGUUGGGUAUGGACAGGGAGAGACCGUAGGGCAGGGACAAGGAAAGGCCAUAGGGCAGGGACAGGGAGAGACCGUUGGGUAGGAACAGGGAGAGACCGUUGGGUAGGAACAGGGAAAGGCCAUAGGGCAAGGACAGGGAAAGACCGUUGGGCAGGGACAGAGAGAGACUGUUGGGCAGGGACAGGGAGAGACCGUUGGGUAGGAACAGGGAAAGGCCAUAGGGCAGGGACAGGGAGAGACCAUUGGGUAGGAACAGGGAAAGGCCAUAGGGCAGGGACAGGGAGAGACCGUUGGGUAGGAACAGGGAAAGGCCAUAGGGCAGGGACAGGGAGAGACCGUUGGGCAGGGACAGUGAGAGACCGUUGGGCAGGGACAGUGAGAGACCGUUGGGCAGGGACAGGGAGAGACCGUUGGGUAGGAACAGGGAAAGGCCAUAGGGCAGGGACAGGGAGAGACCGUUGGGCAGGGACAGUGAGAGACCGUUGGGCAGGGACAGGGAGAGACCGUUGGGCAGGGACAGUGAGAGACCGUUGGGCAGGGACAGGGAGAGACCGUUGGGCAGGGACAGUGAGAGACCGUUGGGCAGGGACAGGGAGAGACCGUUGGGUAGGAACAGGGAAAGGCCAUAGGGCAGGGACAGGGAGAGACCGUUGGGCAGGGACAGUGAGAGACCGUUGGGCAGGGACAGGGAGAGACCGUUGGGCAGGGACAGGGAAAGACCAUUGGGCAGGGACGGGGGGAGACCGUUGUCUGGCACACAACGACACACGUGAGAAACUCUUGAAGCUACUACUGACCACCUCUGGUCUUCGUGUUUUUAAAGACUUACUGGAUUGAUCUGGGGUUUUUUGUACAUUGAAUGUCAAAAAUGUUAUAUCUUAUAUAUAGAAUGCAUUAUGUCAUAUCAAACAUACUUUUUGUAUACAAUCAAUAAAACUGAUGCUAAA